GAGUCAGUAAUCAGUUGGCUCGCGAUGUUGGAAAAGAAAAAGUCGGGCGUGGAAGUAGACAUAAAAUAGUUUUGAAACUUCUGUUCGAUAUCCCACUGAGUUUGAAAUAAAAAGAAUCUGUGAGCAAAAGAAAAGAAUACAAUAUUUUCCUAAUUCAGCAAAAAUUAUUUGCAAUGAGAAAAUGAUUGAAAAUAUGUUUUGAUAUUCAAAGAAAACGACAAAGGAAAAGGUUUUAAAUUGCUUUGUGAAAGUGUUUGUUUUAUUUCUUCCGUCUCGUGUCGCCCCCACCGUUCUCGCUCUCUUCCACAUUGUGUGCGUAUGUAUGUGUGUAAAGAAUGUACUUAUGAAUAACGACGACGACGACGUCCGUCAACGGGAACAACAACUCCAACAAAUAUACAUAUAAUAAUAAUCGAGGAGAAAUAAAAAAAUAAUAUUUAACGACAAAUUGUGUUCUCUUCUCUGUUUGGUGUGUGUGCGUGUGUGUAUGGUGGAGUUCUUCACAGUGCUAAAAACCAAAACGAAACAACACCUAUAGAAGACAAGAAGAAGAAGAAGACAAAAAUAACGAAAACAACAACUUAAAGAUAUUUCUUUUAAAGUUAUUUUCUCUUAUUUGUGUUGCAAAAAAAGGAAAAAUAAUACAACAAGAAAAACAGCAACAGCGACAGAGGAAAGGAAAACAAAAUCAACAAAAAUAGCAAAUCAAAAUGGCGCACCAACAACUCGCCUCCGUGAAUUGUCCAUUGGACGAUAUCGAUUUAGCUGCUCUAAGGGAUCCUGCUGGUAUAUUCGAACUUAUCGAAGUCGUCGGUAAUGGCACUUAUGGUCAAGUCUAUAAGGGUCGACAUACAAAAACUGGUCAAUUGGCUGCCAUAAAGGUGAUGGAUGUCACCGAAGAUGAAGAAGAAGAAAUCAAAUUAGAAAUAAACGUCUUAAAAAAAUACUCAAAUCAUCGGAACAUAGCUACAUAUUAUGGUGCUUUCAUCAAGAAAUCGCCGCCGGGCAAAGAUGACCAACUGUGGCUGGUCAUGGAAUACUGUGGUGCUGGUUCAGUUACCGAUCUAGUUAAGUCAACAAAAGGACAAAGUCUCAAAGAAGAAUGGAUUGCAUACAUAUGUCGCGAGAUACUGCGCGGUCUGGCCUAUCUGCACUCGAACAAGGUUAUACAUCGUGAUAUCAAGGGUCAGAAUGUCCUGCUCACCGAUAAUGCCGAAGUGAAACUGGUCGAUUUCGGUGUGUCGGCACAGUUGGAUCGUACAAUAGGCCGGAGGAACACAUUCAUUGGUACACCGUAUUGGAUGGCGCCCGAGGUAAUAGCGUGCGAUGAAAAUCCCGAGGCCACCUAUGACAAUCGUUCCGAUUUGUGGUCACUGGGUAUAACGGCACUGGAAAUGGCCGAAUCACAGCCGCCACUGUGUGAUCUACACCCAAUGCGUGCUCUCUUCUUGAUACCACGUAACUCUCCGCCACGCUUGAAAUCGAAUCGAAAGUGGUCCAAGAAAUUUCAAAGUUUUAUAGAUACAGUGUUAGUGAAAGAUUAUCAUCAGCGGCCUUAUACCGAACAAUUGCUUAAGCAUGCUUUUAUCAAGGAUCAACCGACAGAUCGUCAAGUGCGCAUACAGCUGAAGGAUCACAUCGAUCGCUGUAAAAAACGCAAACAAGAAAAGGAACGCGAAGACUACCGCUACUCGGGCUCGGACAAUGACGAUGAUGAUACACAGAUUGCUGGUGAACCAAGUUCAAUUAUCCAAGCACCGGGUGAUACAUUGCGUCGCAAUUUCCAACAGAUUCAGGAGGGUCGAAUUGCCGCCGAACAACAACAGCAGCAACAACAGAUGGCCGCGGUGGCAGCAGCUCAAGCGGCAGCUGCCCAGGCACAAGCUGCACAACAACAACAGCAGCAACAGGCACAAGCUCAACAGCCGCAGGCGAAUCGGAAUCAGAAACCACCAUCGCGUGAUCAACGUCAACAAAUCGAGGAACCCGGACCACCAUCACGUCCAGCAUUACCUCAACGUCUCAUUGUUGUACCAGAUCCUCCACAUGCCAAUCGACCAUUGCCACCAACACCGAAAAGUUCAGAGUCCUCGUCCGCCGCACAAACUCCACAGCAACAGCAGCGUAAUUCACAAAAUAAUUUCAAGCCAUCGUUACCACCAAGGAGACCUGAGGAUUUGGAUAUGAUAGCAGCACAACUAAAUGAAUUGGGCGUCUCUCAACAGCCUCAACCGCAGACCGCAUCGGCAGCCACAUCUUCAUUUGCCCAGCAAUCAGCCCAACCUGAAGCACCACCACGUAAUAAUCGCCAAUCGGGCGGGCCACCAUCAGGGUCGGGCAAGCCAGCAGCACCGCUACCCACAUCGGGCAAUAAUCAUCAUCAUGUGGCAGUUUCAAAUCCUCUGGAUCCAUUGGAUAGCAGUGAUUCGGAUAGUGAACCGGACGAGCCAAAUGAUCGUGGUCGCAAUGACGGUACUCUCUUGGCCAGUGAUCCCCCAAAACCACUGCCUGGCCUGGUGCCAGUAUCAGAGGAUUCCUCAUCAACGCCCAUUACCCAUGGCAGCGGUGGACCACCAAAUCGCCCCUUACCUCCCACACCAGAUGAUGAUGACCAAGCCGGCGAUCGUACAUUGAUAAUGAAAAGGAAAUUCGAAAAUCAAAAUCGUUUACAAAAAUCCGCUUCGACAUCUUGUGCCAAUCGUCCGAAAAAUGAGUUGCGUGAUGUUGCUCUCUUGCGGGAAUGGGAUAUUGAGAAAUUCUUUCCAAAACAAAGUGCCAGCAGUGGAGCAGGAGGAGGAGGAGGAGCGGUUGGCUCAAAUGACAAUUUAUCAGCGGCUGUUACAACAGGUGUCUCCAGUAGUCUUUCACGGGUGCCAAGUAGUUCAAAUAGUAGUACUCUAAAGGCCGAUAGCAAACUACAACGAUGCAGUAUGGCUGAGGUGCCGAGCUCAAGACAAACGCCCAAAGGCUUCCAGCCAAUAAAGACAGGUGCUCAACAAGCCCAGACCAAAGAUCAAACUCGAGCCUCAAUGAUGUCAGUUUCCAGUAGAACUAAGGCGAGCUCAACUAAUGGCUCAAAUAAUAAUAGUAGUAAUAAUAACAACAACAACAACAAGUCUUCCCCAACAUCAUCGACGUCCUCGUCAGCGUCGCCAGCUAACACAAAUGCCUUAAGAAGUGCCAAUAACAAUGCCACGCAUAAACGGCAAGAGUCCGACUCAAAAUUGCCACAAAACUUUAUACGCGGAUUCCGGCGCGAAAACUCGGAUUUCUUCCCCUUAACCAAACGCCAUUCAGCAGUGCUGGUCAACACAAAUCUAUUGCAGCAGCAACAACAACAAUCGUCGCCUUUUGGCUCAGCAGCCCAGAGAGCCAGUGCCAUGAUACCCCGAAACAACAGUAUAUUCAAUAAUAAUAAAAAUGAUUUGAAUAAGAGCGCCAAAGAGACGAAUUCCGCCGCCAAUAAGUCAACACAAAAUGCCAAUGCAAAAAGUUCGGGAAGUACCAGUGGUUCGACCACUGCCAAUGCGCCCAAUAAGACUAGCUGGACUAGUAAUUUAGAUUUCUUGCGUCCUCGUCGUGAAAAGACUGAAUCGGUUAUUGUUUUUCAAAACUCCGCGGCCAGGCAACAGCUUUUUGCCCAACAACUGGUACAACAGCAACAAAAACAACAUCAGCAGCAGAAUCGUAAUACGGAAAAUCUUGGUACACCCGGUACACGCACCAGCAGUGUUUUACCCGAUUUGCUUAGUCAAGCUUCGCCAGCAACUCCGCCACGUCACGACAAAUCAUCCAGUGAAGAGGCAAAUUUACCUAACAAUCACAAACAAAUUUAUCAGGCGGCCAUCAACUCAUCCGUGCAUUCCACACCCUCGAAAUCGUUUAUUGGUGGUUCGAAUAACUCACCUCAAUCGACGAUUUCGUUGCAUUCGUCUUCAUCGCGUCAAAACAGUCCCAAAAAUUCGAUUAGCAAAACUCGCUCUUCCAGUAGCAUUACUAAUUUGUUGCACAAAUCUGCUUCUUCUUCCAAUGCAUCGGCGGCCGCUUUGCCCGUUCCUCCCUAUGCCCUACAACAGAAACAGCGUAGUUUUCUUACAUUUGGUUUUGGUGCUGGCGGCUCGGGACCAUCGAGACGUGAAUCCCAUGUGAAUGUCAAUGUUACACCCACAUCGCACGAGGCAUCCAGUGAUACGCCCGAGAUACGCAAAUACAAGAAACGUUUCAACUCGGAAAUAUUGUGUGCCGCCCUGUGGGGUGUAAAUCUAUUGAUAGGUACUGAAAAUGGUUUAAUGUUAUUGGAUCGUUCCGGUCAAGGCAAGGUUUACCAACUGAUAUCACGUCGUCGUUUCCAACAGAUGGAGGUAUUAGAAGGUCAAAAUAUCUUGGUAACCAUAUCGGGUAAAAAGAAUCGUGUACGUGUCUAUUACCUAUCCUGGCUCAAAUCGAAAAUCUUAAGAACCGAUGGUUUAUCUGAUCAAGUUGAACGACGCAAUGGUUGGAUAAACGUUGGUGAUCUACAAGGUGCUGUACAUUUUAAAAUUGUUAAAUACGAAAGGAUUAAGUUCCUAGUGAUUGCAUUAAAAGACUCAAUAGAAAUUUAUGCCUGGGCUCCCAAACCAUAUCAUAAAUUUAUGGCAUUUAAGAAUUUCGGUGAAUUGGAACAUCGUCCCUUGUUAGUUGAUCUUACCAUUGAAGAUCAAUCUAGACUGAAGGUUAUCUAUGGCUCAGCUGAGGGCUUUCAUGCAGUUGAUUUGGAUUCAGCUGAAGUAUACGAUAUUUAUCUUCCUAAGCAUACUCAGGGUGCAAUCAUUCCUCAUUGUAUUGUAGCUCUUCCAAAUUCAAAUGGUAUGCAGUUAUUAUUAUGCUACGAUAACGAAGGUGUUUAUGUGAAUACAGUAGGACGUGUGUCCAAAAAUAUUGUGCUACAGUGGGGUGAGAUGCCUACAUCAGUGGCAUACAUUGGAACUGGACAAAUUAUGGGCUGGGGCAAUAAAGCAAUAGAGAUACGCUCGGUUGAAACGGGUCACUUGGAUGGUGUCUUCAUGCAUAAAAAAGCGCAACGUUUGAAGUUUUUGUGCGAACGCAAUGACAAAGUAUUCUUCAGCAGUGCCAAAGGUGCUUCAUCGUGUCAAAUCUACUUCAUGACUCUCAACAAACCAGGCAUGGCGAAUUGGUAACAAAUAUGGUCCAUAGAUCAAACUAUGAAAAAACAACAACAAUAACAAUAGCUUCAUUAGGCAGUAAAACAUCCAACUACCUAGUAUUACCAUUUGACGUCUGUCUGUCUGUCGGUCGGUCGUUUGAUUUGUACCCCACUUGUAGUAUCACUGUUAUUUCGAAUUGUUACUACACUUCUACAUGAAAAUCAACCCCGCUUCUUAUGGAACAACUUAGAGAACUGAACAAAAGUAAAAAAAAAAAAAAACAGAAUAAUGAUACGAUCAUGUUGUAGAGAAUGAAUGAGUAUUUUUUUUGUGUAUUUUCUUCUUUAUUACAAUUAUUAUUACUAUUUUUAAUGGGAGAAAAAAAAACAAAUGUAUAACCAUGUCGAAAUGUGGAUUAUAAUGAUUUUGAGUAUUGAGAAAAUCAUUUAUUUUAUAUCAUUAUUAAUUUUUAUUGAAAGAAAAUAAUUAAAACUUAGUCUUAAGUUGAAAAACGAAAAACAGAAAAGAAAAUCAACAAUUUAUAUUGAUAUAUAUAAUGAAAAAAAUGGAAGAUAUAAAGAAAAAAACGAAACGAAAGUGCCGAUGCACAUUUUUCAAAGAACGCUAACCUACAUGAAUUUGAACAGCAUAAAAAACAGUGCAAAGGUUCAAUGGUUCGUGGAAGUAUAUAUAAAUAUGAAAAUUAAACAAGUUUUUACAAUAAUAUUAUUGAAAAAAAAGAGAAGAAGAGUAUAUACCCCAGAUUUAAAUCAGGUUUAUAAAACUAUAUUAAAUAUAAACAAAUAAAUUAAAAAAAACAUAAUAAGAAAUCAAACGCCCCGCCCUUCAUGUAUUAAUUAGAUGAACUGAAAUUCAACUUGGAAAUGUACUGUACUAUGCGCCACAUCAACAGCCUAAACAAAAGUGAAACAAAAAAGCAAUAAUUGAAAAGAUUUGAUUGUUAAAUGUAAAAUACGUUGAUUAGUGACACUUCCGAUGCAUGUGUUUGAAGAAAGAUAGGUUAAAUUUGUAUGUUCUUCUUUUCAAUUACUUUAAAAAGAUUGUAUUUGUCUAGUCGCAUCAUGGACAUCAGAUCAUCUGGUGCCGAUUUGGUUUUGAAUCCUCCAAUGGCCAGGUUCCCCAUUCCAAAAGAUUUGUCCACAUACUUCCCAUUUAAAAGUUUUCAGAGUAAGUACUUCUUUAUAUUUCGAACAUCUAGUUUUCACACCAAAAAAUCGUUUUAUAAACCUUGAAAGUUCUAUGAUAACUUAAUAUUCGACUGAAUAAAAAUUAUCUGGCCCAUUUUAAAGAGCGGCGCACAUAAAUCUUUUGUUUAUCCCGAAGCGUGAAAGAGUGCAUUGAGGCGUUGUCCCGCUUUUAAUUCAAAAGACAUCGAGUUUUUCAGUGUAAUGACACACAACAGCGGACCAGAAAGUUUUUAACCUGCUCGUUUCAGUUAUGUUUUCCCUACAAUUAUGGUAUUUGAAAAUCUAGAUAUGUUAGAGUUCGUGUGUGAGUUUUUAAAUUAGUCCAUGGUACAAUUAUUACAGGUAGCAGCAAACCCCAGGUGAUUUGACUUUAUACUAGUGUCAAAUCCGAAUUGACGUUUUGUGGUUUAAUUCCAUUUCUAGGUACACUUUUUUCCAUAGGUAUACACUUUUUUUAUAUAAAAUUUUACUGCAGUUCAGUGUGAACACAAUGUUAGCUGAUAAUAAAAAAAUUGCCGUUGGCAUUUUCGCGGUUAAGUUUCGCAGUUGAGGAAGGAAGUCGUAUAUUUAAUGUUUUUUAAAACUGAAAAAUGUAGAAAACUUUAUGUAUAUAUGCAGUUUGGUUUCAAUUUCAAAGGGGAUGUUGCCUUUUUCACAAUUUCCCAGGGAUUGCUUGAAGUUUUGAAAGAUUUGGACCUACAACUAGCAACUAUACAUUCACAGGAAUGAUAUGAAAGCAUUAAAAUCAAACAUUUUAGAACUAAAAGAACUGCAUUUUCAAUUUAAUAAUCCAAAUUCCAAAUAUCAACAUUUUUAUACCCUCCACCAUUCUGUAGAGGGUAUAUUAGCUUUGUCAUUCCGUUUGUAACUCCUCGAAAUAUUCAUAAUAGUCCCUACAAAAUAUAUUUAUUCUGGAUCAGCGUAAAAUUCUAAAACGAUCUAGCGAUGUCCGUCUGUCUGUCUGUUGUAAUCAAGCUAUCUUUCGAACGAAUUGAGAUAGAGGACUAAAAUGUUGCAUACAUGCAUAGUUUACCAGUAGGCAGAUUAAGUUCAUAAAUGGGAUAUGUCGGUCCACAUUUUCGUAUAGUCCCCAUAUAACGAUACCUCCCGAUAGUCGGUAUUUUGAUGAUUUCAGCAACAUUAUGUACCGGAAUCGUUUCAAAUUUCGUAUUUGAAGUUUUUAAUGGAAACUACAGCCUAUGUAAAAAAAUUUUGUAUGCACGUCUACGUAUAGCCCCCAUAGGACGGUACCUCCCAGUACUCGGUAUUUUCAUGAUUUUUGCGACAUUAUUCACCGAAAUUUUAACAAAUUUCGUAUUUUAAGCUCGCAAUGAGUACUAAAGCCUAUGACAAAAAAAGUCGUAUGCAGGUUCACGUUUUCGUUUAUCCCUCAUAUAACGGUACCUCCCGAUAUUCAAUAUUUCAAUGAUUUUAGCGACAUUAUCCACUGGAACUGUUUCAAAUUUCGUAUUAGAAGUUCGUAUAGUCCCCAUAUAAUGGUUUUCAAUUAAGUAAUAGUUUUCAGUUUUUUUAAUAUUUUCAAGUUCCUUCCAAAUGGUGGAGUGUAUUAAAAGUUCGGACCGGUCGAACUUGGCUGCUUUUUUACUUGUUGAAAUUAAAAUAAUUUAUUGAAAAUCAUUUGUUUUGUUUACAUAUUUGGGCAUAUUGCUCGGUAUUACGUAGAAAAACAAAUUUCUGUGGGUAACACUUGCUGUUGCCUGUAUUCUACCGUGAAAUCAGUCGUUAAAAUUAUGGUACAAUAAACAGAUAAGGUAGAGCUAGCAGCUGUAAUUUUUUUUUCUAAGUGUGCCCAACUUCUGCCAAUUUUGUACUUGUAUUCAUUGUUUUGAAAAUACAAACAAAAUAUUUUUAAAAUCAAUUAUUAAAGAAACGCGCAUUGCAGAUAUUAACCAGUUUUGCCACAGAACUGAAAGAUUGAACAAUCUCAUUCAUUUUUCGCGCUUUUUAACUCACUUAUAAAAUGAGAAAAAAAUUUGAAAUAUAUUAAAACAACUUGUUGCGCAUAAUUUUGAAUAAUUCUGAUAAGAAGCGGGCAUAGCCUCAAGGCUGUAUUUCUGUAAUUUUACAAAGCUGUUCUACCUCCUUUUUGUACCAUGGUUAACACAAACUUAUUAGAACAUUACAUAUGUGUAUGAACACUUUUAAAUUAUCCGAAAGGACCUGUGGGAUUAUUUUCAUAUAUCAUUGUAAUUUUGUUAAACCAGAAUUGUUAACAUAAAGUUAAAAUUACAGUUUCGUAGCACAGAAUUUGAAGCCCUGGCCUUAUCCUCGUCGGCUCUGGAUUACCUUAUAAUACUUAAUGUAACUUACAUGCAAGAGACAUCAGCCACUUGAUAUUUUUCUUUAUCUUUCCUAAGAAUCUAAGCAUCUCUCUUCAAAUACCUAAUGCUUGGAUAGCACAUGAGACGACUAAUCAUUGUAAAAGAACUACUACUAUCAAAACUUUUUAAGCAGAAAGUGUCAAUAAAUGUGAAGAAAAAGAAUGAUCCUAUAAAACGAAAAAAAAAAACUAAAAUGAAAUACUUUUUCACCGAAAACAAAAACACAUGUAUCAUACAUAAAUGCAA